CCCGGGGACAUCCGGGUGGCAGCCCACUGUGGCGAGGUGUGUGACGGCAGAGGCGCAGGCGAGGCUCAUAUUUGGGCACGGAGCAGGUUAUUGGAGGCCGCGGCCCCGCAGCCGGGAGAUGAGGCGCCUGAUAAAGGCUGCUGCCCCCGGUGCUGCUGCUGCAGCGUGCAUUGGCUCGGGCGCUGGCAGAGGUGCCCUGGCUGCGCUGGCUCCGGGGCCGCUGGCCAUGGGGUCGCUGCUGGCUCUGGGGCUGCUCGUGUGCGUGCGGCUGUGCGGGGGCUCCGGGGAGCUGCGUCUGGUGGGCGGCGGCGGGCGCUGUGCCGGGCGCGUGGAGGUGAAGCACGGCGGUGAGUGGGGCUCCGUGUGCGCCUUCGACUUCGACUGGGAGGCUCGCUGGGCCGUGGUGGUGUGCCGGCAGCUGGGCUGCGGCCGGGUGGCCAGGGCGUCCCUGCACGCCCCGUUCGGGCCGGGCAGCGGGCGGAUCUGGCUGCAGCCCUUCUUCUGCAACGGCACCGAGGAUGCGCUGGAGCAGUGUCCUAACUUCGGAUGGGGACGGCAUUUCUGCGGCCACGAGCGGGAUGUGGGGGUGACCUGCACAGAUGCCGUGGAGCUGAGGCUGGCGGGCGGCGGCAGUCCCUGUGCCGGAAGGGUGGAGGUGAAGCUGCAGGGCCACUGGGGCACAGUGGGAGACGACAACUGGGACAUGGAGGACGCCGAGGUGGUUUGCCAGCAGCUGGGCUGUGGCUCGGCUUCUGCUGCCUACUACACCCACGAGCGCUUUGGCGUAGGGGACGGGUUCAUCAGCCUGGCCCUGGUGGACUGCAGAGGGGACGAGGCCACGCUCUGGGACUGCGAGAUCCGUGGCUGGGGACCCUAUAACGGCAGCAUCCAUGUCUCGGACGUUGGCGUUGUCUGCCAAGGCUUUUCCCGGCUGGUUGGUGGCGAUGGAUCCUGUGCCGGGCGGCUGGAGGUGCGUCAGGGCCGGGCCUGGGUCGGUGUCUGUGAGGAUCAGGUGGACAUGAAGGUGGCCCAGGUGGUGUGCAGGGAGCUGGGCUGCGGUGAGGUGAUCGCCAUCGCCGGCAGUGGCCGUUUUGGGGCAGUGUCGGAAUCGCUCUGGGACGGGGGCUUCCAGUGCAAGGGCACCGAGCCCCGCCUCAGCGCCUGUGCCCGGCGUCCGGCCCAGAGCCAGGGCUGCAGCCGCCCUGGCAGCGUCAUCUGCUCCUCCUACACGGGCUUCCGGCUGGGGAACGGCAGGUCGGGAUGCUCCGGGCGAGUGGAGGUGGCAGUGAGGGGGACGUGGGGCUCCGUGUGCGCCAGCGAGUGGGACCUGGCCGAUGCGCACGUCCUGUGCCGCCACGUGGGCUGCGGCCGCGCCCUCAGCGUGCUGCCGGGAGGCUCCUUCGGCAGCGGGGAGGGGCCGCUGCGGCCGGACGCCUUCGGCUGCAGCGGGAGCGAGCGGCACCCGGGCCAGUGCCCCGUGGCCGUGCUGGGGAAGCCGCCCUGUGCCCCCGGGAACGCCGCCGCCGUCAACUGCUCAGGCGCUGUAGAGUCGCUGCGGCUGGUGAAGGGUGAGACCCGGUGCGAGGGGUUUCUGGAUUCGAAGACAAGUACCGGGGCCUGGCGCCGUGUGCCAGGAGAGGUUUUGCUCAUACGGAAUUUGAGCAAUGUGUGCUGGAAGCUGGGCUGUGGAGGACUGGAGAAAAGUCAUGGUGUCCCUGGGAAGUCAUUCCUUCUGAAUAUCAACAGGGAAGAGAGAAAUAUCUUGGAAAGUGUGAUCAAAGAUAUUGUGCACAUGACCACUGAUCUGACCAGUAGGACUAUACAUGAGAAUUAUUUUGGGCAUGAUUACAGGGGCAUGACCACAGCAUCAGCUCGCAUCGAUCAUGGGACCUACCUUGUCUGCUCAGGUGGGUAUCCCGAGAAGGGCAGGAGUUGCCGGUGCCCCAAGCAGGCACCCCAGCCCACUCCUUCCGUGCCCACAGGCAGCCUGCAGGUGAGGCUGGUGGGGAGCUCUGGGCGCUGUGCCGGGCGUGUGGAGGUCUAUUCCGGUGGCAGCUGGAGCUGGGUGUGCCAGGAAGGCUGGGAGCUGCAGGACGCGGCCGUUGUGUGCCGGGAGCUGGGCUGUGGCACGGCGCUGCAGGCCCCGGGCUGGGCGCGCUUGGGUGGCGGCCCGGGGCCGCUGUGGCCGUACAGCCCCGAGUGCUCCGGCUCCGAGGAGUCUCUGUGGGAGUGCGGGCGCACGGAACGGCGCGAGUGCGGGCGCGGCGGCGGGGCAGGGGCCGUGUGCUCAGAGCAGCUCUCCGUGCGGCUGGCAGGGGGCCCUGGGCGCUGCCGGGGCUUCCUGGAGAUCUCCUACAACGGCACCUGGGGCCGCGUGUGCACCAACGGCACCAGCCCCGGCACUGCCGCCACCGUCUGCCGCCAGCUGGGCUGUGGGCGCUGGGUCUCGCCCACAGCUGUCUCCGCCCAGGAGCCGACCGAGGCCUGGCUGGCCUGGGUGGGCUGUGAGGACGGGGCCCGCUCGCUCUGGCAGUGCCCCUCGGCACCCUGGCACCUGCAGAGCUGCAGCCCAGGCGGGCACGCCUAUGUGGAGUGUGAGGAGCACAGUGAUGGCACCACUGAGGGACACACUACCCCAUAUCCGGAGGGUGCCACCAGCACAGGUGUCCCCAGAAGGCGGCCCCGGGCAGUGGCCGUGGGGUCUGUGCCCGUGCCCACUGUGCUGUGCGUGGUGCUGGGGACGCUGCUGUGCCUGUCCCUGGGUGCCCUGGCCCUGCUGCUGUGCCGUGCCCGUGCCUGGCGCCGAGGCCCUGGCAGAGCUGCAGAUGCCAUCUCCAACGCUGUCUACGAGGAGCUGGAUUACAAAGCCAUGCCCGAGUACCAGGAGGUGCCCACUCCCCCAGGUUCCCUGUUGGAGGGAUGGGGGAAGAAGCUGCCGUAUGACACCGGGGACAGCGUGGAGGGGAGUGAAACUGAGGCAGCCCCAGAUCCCCCUGCCUGGCCUGAGCAAGGACCCCCGGAUGGCUACGACGAUGUCCUGGAUGUGGCCCAGGAGCCCCCCGCUGCCAGCACUGGGGACAUCUCCGAGGGAGUGGCACGGCAGAGGUGGAUCUGUGUGCUGCCCACAGGUGGCAUCUACUCCCCUCCAGGUCCCCCAGGAGCCACCAGGGAGCCCUUGGAACAGCCCCCUGGACACAUGGACUAUGAUGAUGUCGGCAGCAGCGCCCUGGGGACGUUGCCACACCCCGCGGUGGCAGGGCAGCCGGGCCAUGGCCCCGGCCUGCGGCACGUCGUGCUCCAGGAGGUUCCCGAUGUUCAGGCCGGGCUGCAGGGCCCGGAGGGCGUCCAGUUCCUGCAGCAGGGCCUGGCUGAAUCCGUCCGUGCUCAGCCUGGGCGUGGAGGAGGCAGGAGCAGAGGAGAAGGUGUUGGAGCUUGUGGGGAGGGAGGUGCUGCAGCGGCCGCGGUGCCGGUGCGGCCCUGCCUGUCCCGCGGCCUCCGCUGCCCGUCUCGGGCCUGCCGGGCAUGGAAGGGGCCGGGGCAGGGCCCCGACUCACCCCAGGCUCCUCAGCGGGCAGGCGGGAUGCCGGAGCUGCUGGCAGAGCUGCAGGACGCCCUGGGCUCGCAGCUCGUUGUCGCUCAGGUCCAGGCAGCUGAGACGGGGCCCCUGCAGCAGCCGCGCAGCCAGGGCCGGGCAGGAGGCGCCCGACAGCCGGCAGCUGCCCAGCCUGCUCAAAGCCUUCUUUCUUUGCCUGGGACAAUCCUGGCAGGCAGCAGCCGGGGCUGUUUCUGCGUUCCUGCGGCAGCAGCACUCGGAUUUAGAGAGGGAGUCACCCGCGGAUGUGCCAUGGUAAAGCUGGAGUGGAACUGGCGAGGAAAUGUGGGUUCCGAGUGUGUGGCCGUGGGUGUUUGGGGAACGUCUGGGGCCAGCGGGGAUCAGUGGAGCCGCAGCUGUGAAUGGGUGUCAGAGCCAUCGGAGCAAGCGGAUCGGUGCGUAGGGAAUGCGCUGCCGGAGAGUCCUGCGAAGGGCUCCGGGGAGCUGCGUCUGGUGGGCGGCGGCGGGCGCUGUGCCGGGCGCGUGGAGGUGAAGCACGGCGGUGAGUGGGGCUCCGUGUGCGCCUUCGACUUCGACUGGGAGGCUCGCUGGGCCGUGGUGGUGUGCCGGCAGCUGGGCUGCGGCCGGGUGGCCAGGGCGUCCCUGCACGCCCCGUUCGGGCCGGGCAGCGGGCGGAUCUGGCUGCAGCCCUUCUUCUGCAACGGCACCGAGGAUGCGCUGGAGCAGUGUCCUAACUUCGGAUGGGGACGGCAUUUCUGCGGCCACGAGCGGGAUGUGGGGGUGACCUGCACAGAUGCCGUGGAGCUGAGGCUGGCGGGCGGCGGCAGUCCCUGUGCCGGGAGGGUGGAGGUGAAGCUGCAGGGCCACUGGGGCACAGUGGGAGACGACAACUGGGACAUGGAGGACGCCGAGGUGGUUUGCCAGCAGCUGGGCUGUGGCUCGGCUUCCGCUGCCUACUACACCCAUGAGCGCUUUGGCGUAGGGGACGGGCUGGUCAGCCUGGCCCUGGUGGACUGCAGAGGGGACGAGGCCACGCUCUGGGACUGCGAGAUCCGUGGCUGGGGACCCUAUAACGGCAGCAUGCAUGGCUUGAACACCGCCGUUGUCUGCCAAGGCUUUUCCCGGCUGGUUGGUGGCGAUGGAUCCUGUGCCGGGCGGCUGGAGGUGCGUCAGGGCCGGGCCUGGGUCGGUGUCUGUGAGGAUCAGGUGGACACGGAGGUGGCCCAGGUGGUGUGCAGGGAGCUGGGCUGCGGUGAGGUGAUCGCCAUCGCCGACAGUGGCCGUUUUGGGGCAGUGUCGGGAUCGCUCUGGGACGGGGGUUUCCAGUGCAAUGGCACCGAGCCCCUCCUCAGCGCCUGUGCCCGGCGUCCGGCCCAGAGCCCGGGCUGCAGCGGCUCUGGCAGCGUCAUCUGCUCCUCCUACACGGGCUUCCGGCUGGGGAACGGCAGCUCGGGAUGCUCCGGGCGAGUGGAGGUGGCAGUGAGGGGGACGUGGGGCUCCGUGUGCGCCAGCGAGUGGGACCUGGCCGAUGCGCACGUCCUGUGCCGCCACGUGGGCUGCGGCCGCGCCCUCAGCGUGCUGCCGGGAGGCUCCUUCGGCGGCGGGGAGGGGCCGCUGCGGCCGGACGCCUUCGGCUGCAGCGGGAGCGAGCGGCACCCGGGCCAGUGCCCCGUGGCCGUGCUGGGGAAGCCGCCCUGUGCCCCCGGGAACGCCGCCGCCGUCAACUGCUCAGGUGUUGGCUUUGUCACGACCCUGAGGCUGGUGGAUGGUCAGAGCUUCUGUGAUGGGCGGCUGGAGGAGAGCAUAACCAGCCCAGCCUGGCGCCGUGUGCCUCUGGAGCAGUGGAAGUUAUGGGAUGUGUACAUGGUGUGUGCGGUGCUCGGCUGUGGCCUUCCCAAGGACGUUUACACUACCUUGGGUACGGCUCCAGUAUUGAGCAGCAGCCGCAGCGAGGUGGACAUCAUUACUGAAGAGAUGGACAGUGUUAUGGGCAUGGGCUCUGCACUGACCAGCAGCCCUGAGGAGAUGGAUUACCAGCUGGAGGAGAUGGGUGAUGUCUCAGGAAUGGGUCCUGCAGUGAACAGCAGCCUUGAGGAGAUGGUCAUUGUCUGCUCAGGCAGCCUGCGGGUGAGGCUGGUGGGGAGCUCUGGGCGCUGUGCCGGGCGUGUGGAGGUCUAUUCCGGUGGCAGCUGGAGCUGGGUGUGCCAGGAAGGCUGGGAGCUGCAGGACGCGGCCGUUGUGUGCCGGGAGCUGGGCUGUGGCACGGCGCUGCAGGCCCCGGGCUGGGCGCGCUUGGGUGGCGGCCCGGGGCCGCUGUGGCCGUACAGCCCCGAGUGCUCCGGCUCCGAGGAGUCUCUGUGGGAGUGCGGGCGCACGGAACGGCGCGAGUGCGGGCGCGGCGGCGGGGCAGGGGCCGUGUGCUCAGAGCAGCUCUCCGUGCGGCUGGCAGGGGGCCCUGGGCGCUGCCGGGGCUUCCUGGAGAUCUCCUACAACGGCACCUGGGGCCGCGUGUGCGCCAACGGCACCAGCCCCGGCACUGCCGCCACCGUCUGCCGCCAGCUGGGCUGUGGGCGCUGGGUCUCGCUCACAGCAGUCUCCGCCCAGGAGCCGACCGAGGCCUGGCUGGCCUGGGUGGGCUGUGAGGACGGGGCCCGCUCGCUCUGGCAGUGCCCCUCGGCACCCUGGCACCUGCAGAGCUGCAGCCCAGGCGGGCACGCCUAUGUGGAGUGUGAGGAGCACAGUGAUGGCACCACUGAGGGACACACUACCCCAUAUCCGGAGGGUGCCACCAGCACAGGUGUCCCCAGAAGGCGGCCCCGGGCAGUGGCCGUGGGGUCUGUGUCCGUGCCCACUGUGCUGUGCGUGGUGCUGGGGACGCUGCUGUGCCUGUCCCUGGGUGCCCUGGCCCUGCUGCUGUGCCGUGCCCGGCGCCGAGGCCCUGGCAGAGCUGCAGAUGCCAUCUCCAACGCUGUCUACGAGGAGCUGGAUUACAAAGCCAUGCCCGAGUACCAGGAGGUGCCCACUCCCCCAGGUUCCCUGUUGGAGGGAUGGGUGAAGAAGCUGCCGUAUUACACCGGGGACAGCGUGGAGGGGAGUGACACUGAGGCAGCCCCAGAUCCCCCUGCCCGGCCCGAGCAAGGACCCCCGGACAGGUACGAUGAUGACCUGGAUGUGGCCCAGGAGCCCCCG